AUUCCUGGUUCUGGAAAAAAAACAAAAAAAAAAACAAAACAAACAAACAAAAGAAAAUAUCCAGCAAAAGGGUGUACACCCUUUUCAAGUCUGCUAGAGGGGUCUUUGCACAAACAAUAUUAAGAACAUAGCCAAGUGUGGUAUUGGGUGCCUAUAAUCCCAGCACUCUGAGAGGCCAAGGCAGAAGUGUAUCAAGUUUGAGCCCAGCCUAGGCAAUUUAGCAAAACCCUGUCUCAAAAUUUUAAAAGGGGUAGGGGUGGGGUGCUGGGCAUAUAGCUUGGCGCAAAGGCCCUGGGUUCAACCCAGUUUCCAUCACACACACACACACACACACACACACAGAACCCUUAGUGUAGCUGGAGAAAUUAAAUCUAUUCUUUAAGUUAGGUUUAUGUUUAAGUUGGGUUCUUUUAAUAUGUUUUGGAAGUCUUAUCUCCCCUCAGCCCUUUAUGUGUAGGUCCUCAAAGCAUUUUUGGUUAAGACUUCUACAUAGGGGCUGGGGAUUUAGCUCAGCGGCACAGUGCCUGCCUGGCAAGCGGAAGGUCGUGAGUUCAAUUCCCGGUACCGGAAAAAAAAACCCAAAAAAAGGACUUCUACAUGGACUAGCAGCAAGGGACAGAGCCUGGCAAGAGUUGGGGAGAAGAAUCCACCUGAUGGGGGCAGUGUUGAGUCUCUGGGAGAAAGAAGACCACACGGCUUGGCAGAUCCUGUGAAAGGAUCCCAGGGACUGAUAGUUGUCAGAGCAGCUCCUUAGCAAAGGCUCAUCUUGUCUCAGUGAAGAGGACUUCCUGUAGCCCCCUCUGCCCUGACAACACCUUAUUGAAACUCUGGUGUUGUUUCCACAGAGCUGUCUGGCUUUUAGCCCUUCGCCUUGGUUGAGGACAUGACCAACCAGUACAGUAUUCUCUUCAAACAAGAGCAAGCCCAUGAUGAUGCUAUUUGGUCUGUUGCCUGGGGGACAAACAAGAAGGAAAACUCUGAAACGGUGGUCACAGGAUCCCUGGACGACCUAGUGAAGGUCUGGAAAUGGUGUGAUGAGAGGCUGGACCUGCAGUGGAGCCUGGAGGGACAUCAGCUGGGGGUGGUGUCUGUGGACAUCAGCCACACUCUGCCUAUUGCUGCGUCCAGCUCUCUGGAUGCCCACAUUCGUCUCUGGGACUUGGAAAAUGGCAAACAAAUAAAGUCUAUAGAUGCAGGACCUGUGGAUGCCUGGACUUUGGCCUUUUCUCCGGAUUCCCAGUAUCUGGCCACAGGAACUCACGUGGGGAAAGUGAACAUUUUUGGAGUGGAAAGUGGGAAAAAAGAAUAUUCUUUGGACACAAGAGGAAAGUUCAUUCUCAGUAUUGCCUAUAGUCCUGACGGGAAGUACCUGGCCAGUGGGGCCAUAGAUGGAAUCAUCAAUAUUUUUGAUAUUGCAACAGGGAAACUUCUGCAUACGCUGGAAGGCCAUGCCAUGCCCAUCCGCUCCUUGACCUUUUCUCCGGACUCUCAGCUCCUUGUCACUGCAUCCGAUGAUGGCUACAUCAAGAUCUAUGAUGUACAGCAUGCCAACCUGGCCGGCACGCUGAGCGGCCAUGCCUCCUGGGUGCUGAACGUGGCCUUCUGUCCUGAUGACACUCACUUCGUCUCCAGUUCAUCUGACAAAAGUGUGAAAGUGUGGGAUGUUGGCACAAGGACUUGUGUUCACACCUUCUUUGAUCACCAGGAUCAGGUCUGGGGAGUAAAAUACAAUGGAAAUGGCUCAAAAAUCGUGUCUGUUGGAGAUGACCAGGAAAUUCACAUCUAUGAUUGUCCAAUUUAGACAUCAGCAUCUACAAGGCUAACGCUGUGGAAAAGAUGUGCAGAUUGUUGGGACAUUCCUUUUAUGUGCAUUUAAAUUAAGAAACUGAGCACAUAUUGUAGCAGAGACUCAUUUUGUAGACACAGUAUCAACAUUUUCCUGUUUUAAUGGAAAUGCUGUUCAUACUUUAAUAAAGAACUCUUGACGCAACGCC